GUGUAUCUUUCUAUAGUAGUCAUUUGUCAACGUUUUUCCUUCACUAUAUUUUCCAUUUUUUGUUUUGUUUUGUUCUCUGAUUGUAGACAAAAGAUAUUGUGAUUCAUGAUGUGUUUUUUAAGAGUUACAACAAUGUUCCUAUUUUUGUUUUUGGACAUUGUUAACUCAAGAGUAGUUCAUGGGGAACAAAAUGCCCCCCUUGUGUAUGAUAAAAGUUCACUUGUUUCAUUCAUGUUAUGCAUUGUUUCUGACCCUGAAAAUGCUCUAGAGAGUUGGAAGUCACCAAAUGUUCAUGUUUGUGAUUGGUCAGGUGUGAAGUGCAGCAAUGCAAGUGAUAGGAUCAUAGAGCUUGACCUUAGUGAAAAGUCAUUGGGGGGAACCAUUUCUCCUUCACUUGGAAACCUCUCUUCCUUGAAAAUUCUUGAUCUUUCAGGGAACUUUUUUGUGGGUCAUAUUCCAAAAGAGUUAGGCUAUUUAAUUCACCUAAGACAACUAAGUUUGUCUGGGAAUUUUCUUGAAGGUGUCAUUCCCUCAGAGUUUGGUUUCCUUCACAGCUUGGACUACCUUGACAUGGAAAGCAAUAAUCUUGAUGGAGAAAUUCCAACAUCACUUUUCUGCAAUGGAAGUUCACUAAGUUAUAUAGACCUCUCCAAUAAUUCCUUAGGGGGAUUUAUCCCUUUGAGCAAUGAGUGUGUCCUUAAAGAACUUAGGUUCUUCUUACUUUGGUCUAAUCAUUUUGUUGGUCAUGUUCCCUUAUCUCUUUCAAACUCCACUCAACUUAAAUGGCUUGAUUUGGAGUCAAAUAUGUUAAGUGGAGAGCUUCCAUCUGAGAUAGUACACAAUUGGCCACAAUUACAGUUCCUCUACUUGUCAUAUAAUGACUUUGUCAGCCAUGAUGGUAACACCAACCUUGAACCUUUCUUUGCUUCCUUGAUGAACUUGUCUAGAUUUCAAGAACUCGAAUUAGCGGGAAACCGCCUUGGUGGGAAGCUACCUCAUAUUAUUGGUGAUCUUCCUACUAGUAUGCAGCAUCUUCACCUAGAAGGAAAUCUCAUAUAUGGUUCUAUACCUCCACAUAUUUCCAACCUUGUCAACUUAACUUUCUUGAAUUUGUCUAGUAAUCAAAUAAAUGGAUCAAUCCCCUCUAGUUUCUGCCACAUGAUUAGGCUAGAGAGAGUUUAUUUGUCAAAUAACUCAUUACAUGGUGAGAUUCCAUCAGAACUUAGUGAUAUCAAACACCUGGGCCUUCUAGAUUUGUCAAGAAACAAGCUUUCCGGUUCAAUACCAGAUAGUUUUGCCAACCUUCCCCAGUUAAGAAGGCUUUUACUUUAUGACAACCAGCUUUCCGGGAAAAUCCCACCAAGUCUUGGAAAAUGUGUCAAUUUGGAGAUUCUGGACUUGUCUCACAACAAGAUUUCAGGCCAGAUUCCUGCAGAAGUUGCAGCUUUGGCUAGCUUGAAACUAUACUUGAAUUUAUCAAGCAAUAACUUAUAUGGUCCAAUUCCAUUAGAACUCAGCAAAAUGGAUAUGGUGCUAGCUGUUGAUCUUUCCAUGAACAAUCUAUCAGGAAGAAUCCCACCACAACUUGAAAGUUCCAUAGCACUAGAGUACCUCAACCUUUCUGGUAACUCCUUAGAAGGCCCUAUCCCUUAUUCAUUAGGCCAAUUGCCUUAUCUUGAAGCACUUGAUGUGUCUUCAAACCAGUUGAGUGGAGUAAUACCAGUUUCUCUGCAGCUAUCUUCCACCCUCAAAAUACUCAAUUUCUCUUUCAACAAAUUCUCAGGAAAUGUCUCAAACAAGGGAGCAUUUUCAUCUCUGACCAUAGAUUCUUUCCUGGGAAAUGAUGGUCUUUGUGGCACAGUAAUAGGCAUGGAAAGCUGCCAUAAGAAACACAGCUAUCAUUUGGUGUUCUUAUUGAUUCCUGUGUUACUAUUUGCCACUCCUCUUCUGUGCAUGUGUAGGUACUCCAUGGUAAUCAAGUCAAGAGUGAGAAAGCGAUUCGCAGUUGUUAACAAGGGCAAGUUGAGGGAUGAGGAAGAGGAAACAGAAGAGCUCCAUUAUCCAAAAAUUUCAUAUGGAAAUCUUAGAGAAGCCACAGGAGGUUUCAGUUCCUCGAGCUUAAUCGGUUCAGGCCGGUUUGGACAGGUCUACAAAGGAGUCCUCUUAGAUAACACAAGAGUAGCGGUGAAGGUAUUAGAUACAGAAACAGCUGGCGAUAUCUCAUGGAGCUUUAAGAGGGAAUGCCAAAUCAUUAGAAAGAUUAGGCACAGAAACUUAAUAAAGAUCAUCACAAUUUGUAGUAAACCAGGAUUUAAGGCUCUUGUGCUUCCUCUUAUGCCAAAUGGUAGUCUUGAGAGGCACUUAUAUCCAAGUCAUGGGUUAAACCAAAGGUUGGAUGUGGUUCAGUUAGUGAGGAUAUGCAGCGAUGUAGCCGAGGGAAUGUCCUAUCUCCACCAUUACUCACCAGUGAAAAUCGCGCACUGCGAUCUUAAGCCAAGUAAUAUACUUCUUGAUGAAGAUAUGACAGCUUUGGUUACGGAUUUUGGAAUUGCAAAGCUUGUAAAAGGUGAUGACAGUGCCUCCACAAGUUACUCAGCAGCAUCUUUCAGCUCAACACAGGGCUUAUUAUGUGGCUCUGUUGGCUAUAUAGCUCCUGAAUAUGGCAUGGGAAAACAUGCUUCAACUCAAGGUGAUGUUUACAGUUUUGGAGUGAUUCUGUUAGAAAUCGUCACGGGGAGACGCCCCACGGAUGUACUCAUGCAUGAAGGAUCAAGCUUGCAUGAGUGGGUUAAGAGACAAUACACAAACCAAGACAAGCUUGGAAAAUUGGUUGAAGAAGCGUUGCAAAGAUACUCUUCUUGUUUGCCAAGUCAUCAUAACAGAACAAGGCAAGAUGUUAUACUUGAACUUGUGGAGUUGGGACUUAUCUGCACACAGCAGAAUCCUUCAACAAGACCAACCAUGAUGGAUGUAGCACAAGAGUUGGGAAGAUUAAAGGACUACCUCACUAAUCCAAAUUCUUCAUGCAGAUCAGAAAAUUCAGUCAAAUAGUAAUUAAUUAAGAAUAUAAAUUUUGAUACUAUGUCAAUGAAAAUUUUGUAUUAUAGUCCAAAUGUUUUAGUCAAUCAAUAAAACAUUAUGAGUUUGUGACCUUCCAUUUUUGUAACUAGCAAUAUGUAUCCUCUUAUUUGUAUCCAAUUAUUCUG